CUCCCGACCACAAGACACACUCGGGUUUUGAUUUAUUAUUUUUUGUUUGUCUGGAGUUUCAUCGCUUCGUGGGGACGGUUUGAAUUUGCGUCCGGAUCUCCUGCCACUGGAGGCUAGAGCUGUAUUUGAGCUCAUGGAUCGCGUCUGGGCGGUUUUACGCGGAGCAGGGGACACUCCUGUUUGGGAAGCGGACAAAUUCCCGGGAAUGAUUUUAUAACGUUCAGAAGGGGAAAGUGUUUUUCGGGGGUUAAACGUCACAAUGCUGGACGAUAAAGCGCCGACGUCGAAGCGCCACUCUGCAUCGAGAGGUUCGUCUUUUUACAUCGAGAAUUUGCUGAGAACCACAGACAGAGGAGCUCCAGCUGAGGAGCGGGUGGAGACCUUGGACUCCAGAGUUAUCGUGCACAGCCCGAUGGUGUGUCCGGGACGUCUGGAGAACGAGGAGCUGAACUGGAGAGGGACGUCAUCAAACACAGCGAUCCACGGCUCAAGAAGUCCACGGUACAGGCCCAGCUACCCAGAUGAGCACGAAGACCCUCUACCGAGCAGCGACCGGGAUUCCCCGGCUUUAACGGGACAGGCGGAGGAGAAGGAGGGAGACAGUUUGACGGAUGAGAGAGAGGACGACGCACCUUCCUCCUGCUUGUCUCGAGAGGACGGUUCUGACCCAGGUGACACCAAAAUGGCCCGGAAGAAGAAGACCCGCACCGUGUUCAGUCGCGGUCAGGUCUUCCAGCUGGAGUCCACGUUUGACCUGAAGCGCUACCUGAGCAGCACGGAGCGGGCCGGCCUGGCCGCCUCGCUGCAGCUCACCGAGACCCAGGUAAAGAUCUGGUUCCAGAAUCGCAGGAACAAGUGGAAGAGGCAGAUCACCGAGGACAUGGAGGCGGGCGGCAGCGCGGCGGCCUCGCGUCCCUACGCUGCCCAGAGGGUCAUCAGAGUUCCCGUGCUGUAUCGCGAGAGCGGCCUGCGCCAAGUGUCCCCCCUGUCUGUGGGCUUCCCUAAUGCGAUUAGCUAUCCAUUGACUUCUCACUUCACUCAUCCUGUGUCGUUCCUGACGCCACAGAUGGCCGGACUGGUGGGACUUUAAAAAGAUGCACGAGAAGUCACGGCGAUUCUUGUGACACUUUGGACAAUUUAUUAAAUAAAGAUGCUGCAACAAUGUUGAUUUUACUUCCAGUUCAGAUUUUGUAAAAUCUAAUUUCAUCUCAUGCACGGAAGAUAAAUCAACCUGUGUCAAACUGAUUCUUUGGGACUUUUUCUAAAAACAACUUUUGAUAAAUAAAGCCAGAUUUAACUCAAGGAGGAUCAUAAGCCAUCGGGAUCCUUCUCUGUAGCUUUUUUAAACAACCUUGAACAAAACAAUUUCUGCACAUUAGCAGUGUUUAUUUCAACUCAUGUUAAAAAUCUGUCAUUUUUUAUGAGUCUCUGUUUAUUUUAAUAAGGAUGAUGGAUAUUUUUUGGGACUCUUGAAGCCGCCCCGAGGACACUACACACAAGAUCACACAGUAUUCAAAUAUGGUUCUGUUUUGUGGUCAUUUCUCAAAAUUGUAUGGAUGACCCACAAGACAGAUGGGAACACUCAAGUGUCAUAAUAUUUCAAGCUUGAGGAAUAAUGGGUUCGGACAUCACUCCAAAACUAGUGUUUGUGUUUGACUGGGAAACGAAACUGCACGAGAAGUACAAAUGAGUUGUCAAGAAAAAAUAUGGGCAGAAAAAAAUUGUGGUGGACUUCUAUCAAGGAGAAGUUACACAAAGAAGAAAAUGUACAGAUUCAAACAUUUUUUCUUUACAAAGAAUGUUUUAAAUUUUAUUUCAUUGUGCAACAUGAGCUGGAACCUUCUCCUGACGUUUGCCACUGGUUUUAAAAGUUCCCUCUGAGCCUUACUUCACAAGCUCUAAAUCUUUUUGACCCUCGUUUGAGCUCAUACACAUCCUGUCCUGGGGAUUAAGUCAUUUGAUCAUUUGACAAAUGCAAACAAAUUGAAAUCUACCAUGCUUGGAAACUCCAUAAUUUAUGAAAAAUACAUUUGUGUUUGUGAAUUUUGAUAGCAUUAGCAAUACCCCUAAAAAUAUUUGACAUUUUUUAUU